GUCCCGUCCUUUACCAAAGCUGAAAGAAUCGCGUUCCCAUGAAUCUUUGUUGAGUCCAGCUAGCGCUGUGGAGACAUUGGAUCUCGCCACCGAAGAGAAAGUCUUAGUCAAACCGCUUCAUAGCAGUAUCCUCGGACAAGACUUCUGCUUUGAGGUAACUUACUCUAGUGGCAGUAAAUGCUUCAGCUGUUCUUCUGCUGCUGAAAGAGACAAGUGGAUGGAAAACCUACGGAGAGCAGUUCAGCCUAACAAGGAUAACUGCCAUCGAGCUGAGAAUAUUCUGCGUCUUUGGAUCAUUGAAGCCAAGGAUUUGGCCCCCAAGAAGAAGUACUUCUGUGAAUUGUGCCUGGACGAUACUUUAUUUGCCCGCACUACAAGAAAAACAAGAGCUGACAAUAUCUUCUGGGGCGAGCACUUUGAAUUCUCAGGACUUCCAUCGAUACUCAGCAUCACUGUCCAUAUCUACAAGGAUGUUGAGAAGAAAAAGAAAAAGGACAAAAAUAACUAUGUUGGUCUGGUCAACAUCCCCGUGUCCAGUGUGACUGGCCGCCAGUUUGUGGAAAAGUGGUACCCCAUCAGCACACCCACUCCCAAUAAAGGCAAGACUGGAGGGCCUUCCAUUCGGAUCAAGUCUCGGUACCAGACCAUCAUCAUCCUGCCCAUGGAGCAAUACAAGGAGUUUGCUGAAUUUGUCACUAACAAUUACACUUUGUUGUGUACCGUGCUGGAGCCGGUGAUCAGUGUCCGGAACAAAGAGGAAAUGGCCUGUGCUUUGGUGCACAUUCUUCAGAGCACUGGCAGAGCCAAGGACUUUUUGACCGAUCUGGUGAUGUCUGAGGUCGAUCGCUGUGGGGAGCACGACGUGCUGAUCUUCAGGGAGAACACACUUGCCACCAAAGCCAUUGAGGAAUACCUCAAGCUGGUUGGACAGAAGUAUCUGCAAGAUGCCCUUGGUGAAUUUAUCAAGGCGCUGUAUGAGUCAGAUGAGAACUGCGAAGUGGAUCCUAGCAAAAGUUCACCCAGUGAGCUGGCUGAUAACCAGGCCAACCUCAAAAUGUGUUGCGAGUUGGCCUUCUGCAAAAUCAUCAACUCCUAUUGUGUCUUUCCUCGGGAGCUGAAGGAGGUGUUUGCAUCGUGGAAGCAACAGUGCCUCAACAGGGGGAAGCAGGAUAUCAGCGAGCGCCUGAUCAGUGCCUCGCUUUUCCUCCGUUUCCUCUGCCCAGCUAUCAUGUCUCCAAGCCUCUUUAACCUCAUGCAGGAGUACCCUGAUGACCGUACGUCUCGGACUCUCACCCUGAUUGCAAAGGUUAUCCAAAACCUGGCAAACUUUACAAGAUUUGGAAACAAAGAAGAAUAUAUUACAUUUAUGAAUGAAUUUCUGGAACAUGAGUGGGGAGGCAUGAAACGCUUCCUGGUGGAAAUCUCGAAUGUGGACACCAUCUCCAGCACGCCAGGAUUCGAAGGAUACAUAGACCUGGGGAGGGAGAUUGCCAUCUUGCAUUCCCUACUGUGGGAAGUGGUGUGCCAACUAGAUAAGGCGACGGUUGAAAAACUUGGGCCUCUACCACGGAUCCUUUCAGACAUCGCAAAAGCUGUAUCAAACCCCAUUCCAAUACAGCAGCAGCUGAGGCGGUUGACAGAGCAUAGUUCAAGCCCAAAUGUGAGCCUGUCUUCAGGACUUCAGAAAAUAUUCGAGGACCCCACUGACAGUGAAAGCAAAGUGUUAUCAACCCAGGAGAGCGAAUAUUCUUUGAAAGGCCAGAUGCUUUGGAUACAGCAUUCAGCAUCAAGGAGUGCAGCGUCAUCUGAUCAAGGGGAUGAUCCGGUCAUGCCGAAUGCCAGAAGCAUAUCCCUGAUGGAUCUGCAAGAUCCCAUUACCCCACAGAGCUUUCCUGCAUGCAUGAUCCAUGACAGCGUGCUCAGUUCAUCCGGGAGUCACCUGUCAGUCGGGGAGGCGGUGGGCAUGAAAGUCUUCUAUGGCAUGCCCCAGAGUGCCCCCCAGAGUCGAAGGCCUCUGAAAUCUCCAGUGAGUCAGCCAGGCAAUCUCCAGCCCCUCUCAUUCCAAAACCCUGUGUAUCACCUUAGCAAUCCUUCAGUGCCCCUUCCCACUGUCCCCCAGCCAGUGCCCCAGCCCACUCCUCCCCAGCCAAUGUCGACCCCCACUGCCUCCCAACCAAAGUCUACAAUGUCAGUGGAUUCAAGCCUGGAAAACAUCAGUAUGACCAGCUCCCGAAGCCAACACAGCGAUGAUUUAAAAAUGAGCAGCCCAGGCAACGGCAGUAUGGAGGACAUCACCAGGAGGAGCGUGAAAAGUGAAGAUUUUUCGUGGCGGGGAGCCCUUGCUGAAAAGCGCAUCCCCAUAGCUUUGCCGCGACAGAGCAGUACUGGACAAAUGCCAGCCCGCAAAAUGGAGCAAGCGGGGCCAGGCGCGAGGGCAAAGGCUCUCCCCCACAGCACGUCCGUCAGAAGUACAGGAAGCGUUUCUGCAGCAUCCGCCGCAAUGACCACAGAGCCUCUCCAAAAUGGGAAUCGGUCGCAGCAGCUAUCAUCCUCUUCCCGAGAGAGUCCGGUUCCCAAAGUGCGGGCUAUCCAGCGGCAGCAGACGCAGCAGAUUCAGUCCCCGGUAGACUCUGCCACCAUGUCACCAGUGGAAAGGACAGCCGCCUGGGUCCUCAACAACGGGCAAUAUGAAGAAGAUGCUGACCAAGAUGAAGUCAAGCAUGCAGAAAAGUACGAGCAAGAGAUAGCCAAUCUGAAGAACCGGCUAACAGUGUCCAGUCGCCGGCUGGAAGAAUACGAACAGCGUCUCCUCGCUCAGGAGGAGCAAAUGAAACAGCUGCUGACAGCAUACAAAGCAAGGCUCGAAGACAGCGAGGAGCGGCUCCGAAGGCAGCAGGAGGAGAAGGAUGCUCAAAUGAAGAGCAUCAUCAGCAGGCUAAUGGCUGUUGAAGCAGAGCUAAAGAAAGAUCACGAGAAGAUGCAAGACGUGAUAGAGACUAAACAGAAAAUAAUUGAUGCACAA